UGUGGCCCUUUGUGUGGAGCCAUGAUUUGUCCUGUGGCCGUGGGCAUGCAUUGCCCCGUGCUUUGGAUGUGCUGUGAGUGCCCGGUGAGAGCACUUGCCAUGACUGGUCCUGUGGCCGUGGGCAUGCAUUGCCCCGUGCUUUGGAUGUGCUGUGAGUGCCCGGUGAGAGCACUUGCCAUGAUUUGUCCUGUGGCCGUGGGCAUGCAUUGCCCCGUGCUUUGGAUGUGCUGUGAGUGCCCGGUGAGAGCACUUGCCAUGAUUUGUCCUGUGGCCGUGGGCAUGCAUUGCCCCGUGCUUUGGAUGUGCUGUGAGUGCCCGGUGAGAGCACUUGGUCGGUUGGCAACCGAUGUUUGUCGUCUCAGGCUUUUGGUGGUCCUAGGUGGGCCUUGCGCUGAGCGAUGGUAG